ACUGCAUGGGUGUAAGCAUGCAGCUAGGGUUGAUCUGGGGUCUUAUCGUCGUCAAAAGAGCAAAAAUAGCGUACUCAGUUCUACCUUGAACAUUCAUUCAUUUCGACGAUGGACCCAGGGUCUGAUGCCGACGAGCAGUUUAGUCGUUGUCUGAAAAAACUGCGCUCACUCAGACCGUCUGACAACCCCAGCUUCAAAACUGAGCUUAACCUCCUGUUCGAUCAGCUAAUUUCUGAAAAUUACAGCAUCAGUUUAUCCAGUGGUAACACAAAAUCAGAGGAUGUGGGUGCUCUGCUGGUGCAAGCAAGCCGUCUGGUCCCUCUGAGCCAGGAACAUCUUGUUAUCAAAUUGUGCCAGCUCAUUCACCAUCUUCUGAAUCAGCUGCAGGUGAUUGUAGAUGAACGGACCCUAGAUGUUCUGGUGUCAUAUUCCACACAAGCACUACAUGUCUGUAAUCCAUGGACCCAUUCAGACGUGCUGAUGGCCAUGUCCUCACUGGUGUACGGCAACGGCCCCAGGUGUCAGCGGCACUUUCCGGAACUCCUCGGAAGAGAUGGGAUCCUGGUGCGAUACAGUGAUCCUAGUCAACCAGAUAUAGAGCUGCGGCAUUCUUCUGUACACUGCAUGGCUAAUCUGUGCCUGCCAGUUUCUGGUCAGCCGCACCUUGAUGAACAGUACAGAGGAGUGUGUUUCAGAACGUUCCUGCUGACGCUUCGGUCUCCCAGACCGCCCGGUGUGGAAGACAUUGUCUUCUGUAUGUUAUUGCAGAGUGCUCUGAAGGGAAUGCAGUAUUUUCUCAACGCUGGAAAAUGGAGCGCUGGCUCUGAAGAGGACCUGGGUUCUCUGUUGGCUGUACUCAAGAAAUUCAUGUUCUAUGGCUUGCUGGGGCUGAACUUGGUGAUGCCAGAUGUGCUGUAUCCCGCUCCCCUCCCGCAGUAUGAGGGGCUCCCUGCUGCUAAAGCUGAGGCUCCACAAGAACCAACAACGCCUCACAAACCGGCAGGAGUACGUAAUAAGAAACGGAAAUCUCGUGGACGGGGAAAGAAGACAAGUUCAGAGGGAAAGAGAGAUGAUGGUGGAGAGGAGAAAGAGGAAGAUGAACCGGUCGGCUCUUUAAGAAGUGGAGGAGGAAGAAGAGGAGAAGCGAACAGCGAAUGGUCCCAGAAUUGCGGUUUUCCCAGUUCACCAUUCUCAGCCAGAACAAAUCCACAGCUCUAUCCGUCAUGGAAGAAAGGAAGUUCGGACUCGGAGUUCUCUGACCCUGAAGGAGGAAUGCAGUCAAAAUUAAGGUUAUAUCAGGCACGAGUCAGACUCAGUGCCCUCCACUGCUUCCUCUCUGUGAUAAAAUGUGUAGAAAAGAAGGUUCUGCAUGGAUACUGGCCCUCCUUCAUCCCUGAUGCCCCUGGAGUGGGCACACCCCCUUCCCUCACCCUCCUCACCAUCGCCCUUAAAGACCCCUCCCCAAAGGUACGGGCCGGAUCACUUCAGGUGCUCUCGGCUCUUCUAGAAGGUUCUCGGCAGUUCCUGUCCAUGGCGGAGGACACCAGCGUCCCUCGACAAGCCUUCACUCCUUUCUCUGCCACUCUGGCCGCCAGCUUACGAGAACUGCACCGCUGUCUUCUGUUAGCGCUGGUCGCUGAGUCCUCAUCUCAGACUCUAACACAAGUCAUUAAGUGCUUGGCCCACCUGGUGUCAAACGUGCCCUAUAGUCGUCUGAGACCUGGUCUACUCAGCUCUCUCUGGAAACAGAUCCGUCCCUACAUCCACCACAGAGAUGUGAACGUGCGUGUGUCCAGUCUGACGUUAUUGGGAGCGAUGGUGUCAGCUCAGGCUCCUCUGCCAGAGAUGCAGCUCCUCCUGGAGCAACCGGGCCCCACCACAGCACCCCCCGGGACUCCAGGGGGUGCCACGCCUCAGGAGCUCAGCCAAAACUGGCGUCAGACGCCGAAGAGGGAAAGCCCUGCCUCCCCCGCGUGGCCGGACGCGCCUCGGGAAGGUCCCUGCUGGCUGUUGCGGCUGUGUGCAAGUCUCGUCACGCGACCUCGUGAGGAUUCGCACUCUGACAGAGAGUCUUCGGGAAUCACGUCGGGCGGUCCGCUGGAGCCGUCGCCCGUCCGGCUCGAGGCGCUGCAGGUCUUGGCUCACUUGGUCAAAGGCUACUUCCCUUUGGCUCAGGGCUCUCUGUCGGAGCUAGCUCAGCUUAGUGCCUGCUGUCUUAGAGAACACGAUCCUUCUGUCCAGCUACACGGGGCCAAGCUUCUAGAAGAACUGGGGACUGGUAUUGUCCAGCAGUACAGAGCAGAAGCUUGUACUCCCCAGACUGUGAACCGUGUUCCACUGAGUCAGGUGAUAGAGUUUUGGUCAGAGGUACUGAGUGGGCCUCUGACAGGAGCCUUACAGAAUGAACAACAUCCUGCUCUACAGACCAGUGCCUGUGACACACUCUCCUCCAUCCUGCCUGAUGCCUUCUGCCAGCUGCCUGAUAAAAGUCAGGUGCUGUGUAUAACAGUCUUGCUGGGCCUGACGUACAGUGAGAACUCUUUGGUGAAAGCGGCUGCAGUGAGAGCCCUGGGUGUUUACGUGCUCUUCCCCUGUCUCAGAGAGGACGUAAUGUUUGUUGCGGAUGCGGCAAACGCCAUCCUCAGUGCCCUGGAAGAUCGCUCGCCCAACGUCCGUUCCAAAGCAGCCUGGUCGCUAGGCAACCUGACUGAUACUCUCAUCGUCAACAUGGAGUCUGUUAGCGAGGAUUUUCAGGAGGAAUUCUCGGAAAUGCUUCUUCUGAAAAUGCUGAAGUCUGCGACCAAAGCCUCUGGAGACAAAGACCGGGUGAAAAGUAAUGCAGUGCGAGCCAUGGGAAACCUCUUGCAUUUCCUGCAGCCGGUCCAUUUGAGCCAGCCAGUGUUUGACCAGCCCCUCGAGGAGGCCAUGAGAGCUCUAACAGACACAGUGAAAGGAGACGCCACCAUGAAAGUGCGUUGGAAUGCCUGCUACGCUCUGGGAAACGCUUUCAGGAACCCCUGUCUGCCUUUGGGCACUGCCUCCUGGUCCACGGAGGCCUUCUCUGCUCUCUCCUCUGUUGUCACAUCCUGCAAAAACUUCAAAGUGAGGAUUAAGUCCGCAGCCUCUCUCUCCAUGCCCGCCAAACGUUCUUGCUAUGGGAGCAGUAUUCAGUUUGCCGAGGUGUGGAACGCUUUGGCACAAGCGCUCCAGCACAGUGAAGAAACAGAGGAUUUCUUGGAGUACCGUUACUGCGCAAGCUUACGUGCCCAGCUCUGUCACGGUCUUCUCCAUCUUCUUUCCCUGUGCCAACCUGAGGACAUGGCUGCCUUGGGCUCGUCGCUCGCCGGCGACUCCGGCUGGGUCAUCCGAGGCUUUCUGGUGCGAUACGUAACCGAAGGGGCGUCGGUGUCUGGGGGCAGCAGCGUUUUGGAAGAUGAUAAAGGACAGUGCGCUGAGCCCCAGGACAGGGUGAAGUUGUUAGCUGAGAUAGUGACUAGAUUGAAAGGACUGGAGUUGAACCCUAAAGCAAACUGCAGAAACAGUCUGCAGACUGUAGUGGGAUUCGUAGAGGACACAAUGAGGAGUUGUGAAGAGACAUUUGUUGCUUGUACUAGCCCAGAUGGUUGACUUGUGCACAUAACACACACAAACACACGCAGUGUUGGACCAUUAGACGGUCUUGUGUGACGAGCUGCAGCAGAUGAUUCAGCAUGAAAGAGGAAAGGCCAGAUGACGUUGUCUCUGGGUUAAAUACUAGAAUGGCGUGGAUUUUAGCGAAAGUUUAAUGGAUUGGAACAGGAAUGGUCCAAUGCGGUUCUUAUGCAUCGUCCACG